AUGUCGGCGUCAACAGUGUAUCAACGAGUUAACACAGCAUGGAUGGAACGUCGAUUGGAGAACGUUCUCCAACGACAGAAGGAGCUUGCCAAUUUGCACACCAAUGUCAAGAAACAAAGUACAGAGCUUGUCAAGGCGAUCGGUCAAGACCUCCACACCACACCAGCGGCCGCGGCCGAAGAGUUGAGACUGGUGCUUGAUGUGAUAAAAGCUCUAUAUGGUGAUUUGGACUUUCCCGGCGCCUUAUGCACUGAACGGUCAAUCAAGGCAGGACAUAGCAUAUCCUCCAAUUUGUUCGCCUUAGGACCGACCCUCAUUGUCCCAGCAACACAUUGUCCAUUUUCCUCGACGAUGAUUCCUCUAGCUGCUGCCGUGGCGGCUGGAAGUGCCGUGGUGGUACUACUCGAGCCUUCGACGACGAGUACGAACAACCUUUUGCAGAAAUUGAUUUUGGAGAGCUUCGAUCAUGAGGCUGUUGGCGUUGUUCUCAACUGUCAGCCAGAGCCGUUGAAAGAUUUGAUAUCGCGGCACUUUGGGGUUGCUGUUUUGCAAAGUUCGGACGACAAGGAAGAGUUAAAAAAGGCACUAUUGGAGGUCAACCCGUCCAUACGCAUCCAUGAACCAGCUACAGGUCUGCCAGCAAUAUUCGUUGACCGAACCACAAAGGACUUGGAAAAUGUUGCGGCGCAUCUUCAUGCAAUGGUGCUACAAAGUUCACGCAGCGAUACAUCUAAAAUGCCACGUAUGUGCUUCGUGGACGAAUUCUUGACCGAGGAGUUGGGAAGUCUGCUGGAAAAGGCAACAUAUACAGCAGACUUGCAGAAAAAUACCGGGGUAGGUUCGUCUGGUCUUAAGGAAAUGCUCAAGUCGAUCAAAGCAACAUUCCCUGCAUCUUACGAGCAGCGUGCGAAGAAGUCGAAUUCUCCGGUCAUUCAAAUAAGCAAUACAGACAGCUCAAUCACAGCGGAGACUGUUGGCAAGGCCACCAAGGCAAUAUCAGCGGCAGGCAAGGUGCUUCUCUUGAUACCCAUUCGAAGUCUUGAUCAUGGCAUCGACAUGUUCAACAAAGUAAAUGGUACAAGAAGCGCACAAGCCAUUUACGUAUUUGCAGAUGGGAAAUCUGCUUUCUACAUUGGAAGCUUCACGAAUGCUCAGCAAGUGUUUGUGAAUGAUAUUCCUCUGCGUGCAUCUGUUGAAGUGAACCCGUCUACUUCCGGGCAAUCUUACGAGCUUCCCUAUCGCCCCGAGGACUUCUCGAACAACAAGCCCAUCAUUCAAACGGCUCUUAGCAAGCCAUGCAAUGCUGCUACAGAUAGAAUCUCGCUAUCUUCUCACAACCUGAACCUGGGAAAGAUCAAGCAGCCCAAAGGCGGGAGAAUGUCGUUCUUUGAACAGGGUUUGAUCCUGGGAGUGGCAAUUCUGUUGACUGCGACAUCUACUGCCCUAUAUCUCUCACGUAAAGGAUUGCAUUACAGCCAGCGACGCUAA